AUGACCCUGAUGGGGAAUAUGGAAGAGGCAAUCAAAUAUUCCAGCUACAAUAAAUUCACCAUCUCCCUUACAUUUGGAUGUAACCUUACUAUGCAGUGUAAUAGAACAAGUAGAGUACCAGAUGGUUUUAUUGGGAGAUGGUUUUAUAGUAAGGGUGACUAUAAAAUGUUAAUGCUGAUGGAGGCAAUGCUUGUCCAUAUUAUGGAAAUUGAGGAGCAUUCUGAGUUGGUUGAGGACACUGGGGAUGAAGACAGUGAGAAUGAGGAAGAAAAUGGGAGCAGUAGUAGUGGUGAAGAGGAGGACAUUCAAGUCACUGAUGUCAGUGCAAGAAAGUCCCAAUUGCCCAAGAAAGAGGAGUCCCUCCAACCUGGGUCCCGUAAAAUCUCUGCAAUGUAA